GGCGAGCGGUGGCACGCAAGGAACGACGGCGGGUGGAUCUGCUUCCUGCGAGCAGCGGGGCGGAGCGGAGCAAGAGUCCAUGGCUGGCACUGGGGAACUGGAGCAGUGGCUCAAUAAGGCCACUGACCCAAGUAUCCCCGAGGAAAACUGGGAAUGCAUCCAGCGGUUCUGUGACCAGGUGAAUGCUGACAUAGAAGGCCCAUCGCUUGCACUGAGGCUGCUGGCGCAUAAAAUACAGUCACCUCAGGAGAUGGAAGCUCUCCAUGCUCUCACAGUGCUAGAGACCUGUGUGAAUAACUGCGGCGAAAGAUUUCAUAAUGAAAUAGCAAAAUUCAGGUUUCUGAAUGAGCUGAUUAAAGUGCUUUCCCCAAAGUACUAUGGAACCUGGUCUUCAGAAAAAGUAAAGUCAAGAGUCACAGAAGUAAUAUUCAGUUGGACAGUCUGGUUUCCUCAGGAAGUUAAAAUCCGGGAUGCUUAUCAGAUGCUAAAGAAACAAGUGCUCACCACUGUUGUGCAGGGAAAAGGUACAGGACAAACUCAGCGUGAUCUUUGCCCUGGAGUACUCUCCCAGGAUUAUGAGGGAUGGGUUUGGAGAGAUCCUGAGCUGGAUUUUUCAUCCAUUCCAUCAUAUUUAAUAGUCCUUAAUGGUAUUGUAAUCCAGAAAUUUGUCCAAUCCCGUCUUGAUAUCCCAGGGAUUGUAAAAGAAGACCCCAAACUGCCAGAAGACAAAAUUUUACCUCCCCCUUCUCCGAGACCUCAGAAUUCUAUUUUUGACACAGAUGAAGAGAAAUCCAAGCUCUUAGCAAGGCUUUUAAAGAGCAACCACUCUGAAGACCUGCAGGCUGCCAACCGUCUGAUCAAGAGCAUGAUUAAAGAGGAACAAGAAAAGUCAGCUAAGGUGUCCAGAAGAGUGAAUACCAUCAGUGAGGUUUCUGAGAAUGUGAAACGUAUGGACGAAUUACUGGAAAAUUACAAGAGACAAGAAUUAUCCAAAUCUGACCAGGAGUCCCUACAGACUCUGUUUCAACGCUGUGAGAAGCUCAGGCCACUGCUCUUUCGCCUUGCCAGUGAGACAGUUGAUGAUGAUGAGGCUCUAGCUGAGAUACUGCAGGCCAAUGACAAACUCACACAGGCGCUCGGGCAGUACAGGCGGGUUGUAGCCAGGCAUGAAAAUGGUGAUGGAGGAGGUUCAGCUACCAGUUCUGCUGAUGCAGCAGCAUGCCGGCCAACUCCAAGACGCAUGAAGAGCUAUACACUGAUUGACUUCUCUGAACUGGAGGCGACAUCCCAGUCUCCUACAGACCAAUUUGCAAACAUAACCACCGCCUCCCGGCACAGCAGCACAACCUCUACCUGUCUGCUCGAUGAGGAGUUAAAGUCAUUAGGUCUCAGCAACUCUCCUGUUGCACAGAAACCACCACCUGAUUUUGGAUUAGCAGAGACUGAUGUACACAAUGGAUAUGGUGAAAUUGUAAGUGCUGUUCAAACACUGGGACUGCAGGAGAGCUGGGAAGACAGCUGUUCGGAGAAGAAUGCAUUUCGGGGCCUGGCUGAUCAGCUCUCUCCACCAUCCAGGACCAAGACAUUAUCCUUGGAUUUAUCACCCAUGAAAUUGCCCUUUCCAGAUCUUCCAAAUAGCUCAAUGGCAGAUACUUCAUUCUCCAGCCUAGGCUACGAGCUGAAGCCUGCUGCCUCUUUGCAUCCAGCUUCCUAUGAUGCUUCUCUAGAAAACCUUUUUGUCCCUUUAAUUUCAAUUACACCGACAGGCAGUAUCUGUCCACUUACUGUGUAUGACAGGAAUGGUUUCAAGGCCAUGCUCCACUUCUCCAGAGACCGGGCUCCUGGCCGACCAGAUGUGCUGGUGCUGGUUCUUUCCAUGCUGAGCACAUCAGCUCAACCAAUUAAGGACAUAGCAUUCCAGGCUGCAGUCCCGAAGACCAUGAAAAUAAAGUUACAACCAGCAUCCGGUACUGAGCUGCCCGCCUUCAGUCCUCUCCUCCCCCCUGCAGUGGUAUCCCAGGUCCUGCUGCUCGCCAAUCCACGCAAGGAUCCCAUCCGACUGAGAUACAAACUAGCGUUCAUGCAAGGCGUGCAGCCCUUCAGUGAGGUGGGAGAGGUGACUGGCUUCCCAGAAGCAGAGCUCUGGGGCAGGAGCUGAAGUUCAGCAGGCUUGGAUGUUGCCAUAUUGCCUUAGCCACAGGUGGGGAGGGACUGUGUGCCAGCAGUGCCGGCCUGGACUCCAUAAUGGCUCCUUUCCUCAGGAUCCGCCAUCUCCUUCUUCCUUUUGGUUUCUGUGCCAGUGUCUGGCAGGAGGAGUAUAAACUGGCUGCUUCUGCCAUGGCCUUUCUCUGUAGCUGACCAUGCUUUACAAGAGACUGCUGUAGAGCCCUGCAGCCCAGGAGCCCUAAUGCUUCUUUCAUACAAGUGUUUCCUGCUGCUUUCUGG